UCUACAUUCCCCCAGAACCCUGAGACCACUUCAGUCAGAGUUCCUCUCCUCCUCUCAUUGGUCCUCCUCCUCUUCCUCCUCUUCCUCCUCCCCCUCCUCUUCUUCUUCUUCUUCUUGUGUUUGGACUCCUCAGAGUCCCUCUCUGGAUUUGUCCUCUCUGGGCUGUUCUGGACUGCACCAUGGAGCUGUCGGAUAUCUCUUUCCCCAUCCCCGCCGCAGAUGAUUUCUAUGACGACCCCUGCUUCAACACCAGCGACAUGCACUUCUUCGAGGACCUGGACCCGAGGCUGGUCCAUGUGGGCCUCCUGAAGCCGGACGACUCCUCCUCUGUAUCCUCGCCCUCCCCUUCCUCCUCCUCUUCCUCCUCCCUGCACCUCCAUCACCACGCCAUAGAGGUGGAGGAUGACGAGCACGUCCGCGCGCCCAGUGGGCACCACCAGGCGGGCCGCUGCCUCCUCUGGGCCUGCAAGGCCUGCAAGAGGAAGACCACCAACGCGGAUCGCAGGAAGGCCGCCACCAUGCGCGAGCGCCGGCGGCUCAGCAAGGUGAACGACGCGUUCGAGACCCUGAAGCGGUGCACGAGCGCGAACCCGAACCAGAGGCUCCCCAAGGUGGAGAUCCUCAGGAACGCCAUCAGCUACAUCGAGUCCCUGCAGGCGCUGCUGAGAGGGGGGCAGGACGAGGGCUUCUACCCGGGGCUGGAGCACUACAGCGGGGACUCGGACGCCUCCAGCCCCCGGUCCAACUGCUCCGACGGCAUGGCUGAUUUCAACGGGCCGAGCUGUCCGUCACGCAGAAGAGGAAGUUAUGACAACAGUUCUUAUUUCUCUGAGACUCCUCACGGCGGUCUGAAGAGCGAGAGGAACUCGGUGGUCUCCAGUCUGGACUGCCUGUCCAGCAUCGUGGAGCGGAUCUCCACCGACAGCACCCUGCUGCCCGCCCCAGCCGACGCCCCCGUGUCCCCGCCCACAGACCCCGCCGGAGAGGCGGCGGCCCCCGGGCCCGUCCAGAUCCCCUCCCCGACCGCCAACCAGGACCCCAACCUGAUCUACCAAGUCCUAUAGACCCCUCACAGACCCAUCACACCGUCCAGAAACCAAACACAGCUGUGCUCACGAAUUCUUAACGUUGUCGUGGAAGAGUUUUCGGCUGAACUUGAAAAUGUAUUAUUUGAAACCAGAGAUCAGCGCUCCACUUAUACUGAUGUUUUUUAAAGCUGAAUGUAUGGAAGGCCGUUCACGCCAGAAAAAUAAGUUCUUGUGACUUUUAAUUUUUUUUUUUAUUUCAAGCCUCAGUUACAAAAUCUUACUCACUGACUUUAUUGGAGCUUUGAAAAGCAAGAAAAGUAAUCAGGAAAUCAGUCUGUUGGUUUGUUUAUCAUAUAUUUAUUUUAAGUUUUUAAUAUUUUAUAGUUGCUGACAAAUCUCCAUGCACUGGUGAACCUCAGAGAAACACAAGUGUUGUUUAAGUAACUGAAUCAAAAUGUAAUCUAAAUUCAGCUACUUUAAAAAUUUAAAUAAAUUAACUUAAAAUUUUAAA